GCCGGGCCACGCUUCCCUUCAGACACUCCCAGUCUUUAAAAGGCGCUGAACUGCUCUCACAGCAGUGUGUGGACUCUCUGUCGGUGUGGAUGUGAGAGAGGAGAGCCAGUGUGACGCACACACCUCUCUCUUUCAGCCCUGACUGGAAGAACUCUCUUAUCAAGCUUUAACAUCUCUGGAGGAUUCUCCACUCUUGCGUUUUUCCACUGGCAUGCGUUAGGGACAGAAAUGGAUCCCGAAGGCUCACGUCUCCAGGACGACCCUCACAUCGCGGUGAUGAUGGCUGGCUCCACCCUCAGGAAGGUCAAGUCUCGCUCCUGGAAGAAGCAGAGACACUUCCGCCUGCUGGAGGACGGCCUGACCAUCUGGUACAAGUCCAGAUGGGCGGGAAGAGGCCACUCCACCUUCUCAGUGACUGAGGUGGAGGCGGUGCGUGAGGGCCAUCAGUCCGAAGUGCUGCUGAGCAUCGCGGAGGAGUUCCCCGCCAGCCACUGCUUCACCCUGGUGUUUCAUGGCCGCCAGGGGAACCUGGACCUGGUGGCCGACAGCCCGGAGGAGGCCCGGGCCUGGGUCCAGGGCGUCCGGAAGCUCAUCCACAAGGCUCAGACCAUGGAUGAGAAGGAGAGGCUGGACCAGUGGGUCUUUGACUGGUUCCAGAAGGCCGACAAGAACAAAGAUGGGAAGAUGAAUUUCAAGGAGGUGAAGACGUUGCUGAAGAUGAUGAACGUGGAAAUGAACGAAGAGCACGCUCUCCAUCUGUUCACGAUGGCUGACAAGUCAGAGAGCGGCUCGCUGGAGAUCGAAGAGUUUGUCCUGUUCUACAAGAUGCUGACUCAGAGGGACGAGGUGUGGAAAGUCUUCCAGGACUACUCAGGAGACGGAGAGAAGCUGAUGCUGGAGGAGCUGGAGAGCUUCCUGAAGAUCGAGCAACACGAGGGGGAGCAGAGCGGCCGCAGGGCCAAGGAGCUGAUCGGCCGCUAUGAGCCAUCAGAGACAGCCAUCAAGCAGGAGGCCAUGUCUUUGGAUGGCUUCCAGAUGUACCUGUGCUCCCAGGAGGGCUCCAUCUUCAGACCUGAGCUCCUGGAGCUCCAGCAGGACAUGAGCCGGCCUCUCAGCCACUACUUCAUCUCCUCCUCUCACAACACCUACCUGCUGGAGGACCAGCUGAGAGGACACAGCAGUGUGGAGGCCUACAUCCAGGCUUUGAAGAGAGGCUGCCGCUGUGUGGAGCUGGACUGCUGGGACGGCCACGAUGGGGAACCCAUUGUGUAUCACGGUCACACCCUGACCACAAAAAUCCUCUUUAAAGACAUCAUCUCCACUGUUAAAGAAUACGCCUUCAAGGCGUCAGACUUCCCCGUCAUCCUGUCCCUGGAGAAUCACUGCAGUGUGGAGCAGCAGACGGUGAUGGCCCGGUACCUCCGCCAAAUCCUGGGAGACGCGUUACUGGUCUGUCCGCUGGGAGGCCACGACCUCCAACAUCUGCCUCCUCCACAGGAGCUGAAGAGCAAGAUUUUGCUGAAAGCCAAGAAGAUCGGCGGUCUCGAAAGCUGUCCCGAUGACACCCUGACAGACGAAGUGAGCGACGACGAGGAGCUGGCCAACGGCGACGCCGACAGCCCCUCCACUGAAGACCCGCCCGCCGAGAAGAAGACCGACAAGAAGUCCAAACUUUCCCGGGAGCUGUCUGACUUGGUAGUUUACUGCAAGAGCGUUCACUUUCAUGGGUUCGAUCACGCUCGCUCUCACGCCAAAUUCUACGAGAUGUCCUCGUUCUCUGAAUCCAAGGCCAGAAGGCUCGCCAAGGAAGCAGGGGCAGAUUUUGUGCAGUACAACAUGCGGCAGCUGAGCAGGGUCUACCCCGGCGGCCUCCGGACCGACUCCUCCAACUACAACCCGCAGGACAUGUGGAACGUGGGCUGCCAGAUAGUGGCUUUGAACUUCCAGACGGCGGGUCUAGAGAUGGAUCUAAAUGACGGGCUGUUCAGGCAGAACGGUGGCUGCGGUUACGUCCUCAAGCCGGAUUUCAUGAGGGACGCCACUUCUCGGUUCAACCCAGAGAAGCCUGAGGAGCACCAAGGCUACAAACCGCUACGAUUAGCCGUACAGGUGAUCAGUGGACAACAGUUACCCAAGGUGAAUCAGAAAGAGGGCUCCAUCGUGGACCCGCUGGUCAGAGUGGAGGUCUACGGGGUGCCAAAGGACCAGGCCAGAGAAGAGACGCCUCACAUUCAAAACAAUGGUUUUAACCCGGUGUGGAAUAAAACUCUGAAUUUUGUGAUCCACACCCCCGAGCUGGCGCUGGUUCGCUUCGUGGUGGAGGACUACGACAAGGCCUCCAGGAACGACUUCAUCGGCCAGUUCACGCUUCCCUUCAAGUGCAUGCAAACAGGAUUUCGCCACAUACACCUGCUCUCUAAGGAUGGAACCGCCAUCCCUCCGUCCUCGCUCUUUGUUAACAUCAGCAUAUCAGCGUACACAUGAAGACGGCGAAGACAAACUGGGGCAAUUCUUCCAUGGAAAGGACUGAACACACACACACACGCCACAUCUUCAACUGUGCAUGGCAUAAGAGCAGGAAACGUGUUGGAAAAGUUUCCAGUGUUAAUCAAUCAGGAUUACUCUACGUAAGUAGUGGCUGAAUCAGUGUUAGCAGUGAUAAAGUACUGAUGCAUCUCCUCCAGAUGGAUGGCGGAGAUAAAAUGAAGGAGUGAUCCUGCUGAUCCUGAUCAUACUUUUAGAGGCAGUGCAUCCGCAGUUUGGAGAAAAACGAGGCAGAAGUGACAAAGCCACAUUAGUUCAUGGGCCACGUUGUUUUCUUUCAAACUCCACCAGGAGAACAGCAUUUUCCUAGUUUAAAGGUGCAUUAAGGAGUUUUACAACCUUAAAAAUACUUAUUUUCCACCAUAAAUAUGUUACACAUUUUUAAUGAUGUGUACAAUGUGCCCUGACAUAUUCAUUACAAGUACCUCUAAC